UGGAUCUCGGCUGUUCCCGAUAGGGCUGAGCAUCAUCACAUUCCCGUCAACAGUCUAUCAGUAUCACCAAUUCUAGCUUCUGGUUAAUUUUGAUUUUGUCUUCAAAAAUGCUGCCUCGGUAACCCUCUAUCCCAACUCCAAAAUGCUCAGCCUCCUCCAACGCCUGACCUCUCCCCCUUCCCAAACCCUAACAACCCUCCAACCAACCCCGUCCACAAUCUCCUUCACGGUCUCCACGCGUCCAGUGCCAAAGACACUUCUCGCGCUGUUCACAUACUAUCUCUCGAUCCUAGUUCGAAUAUUAGCCGGGACGCUUGCGCUCAUAACGCUGUGGGCGAAAUGGCGUGCGAGUUCUGGAAAACACACAGUCCUGUUAUCAAUGUUCCUAGGCAGAGUGGCUGAAGCAUGGAUCGUUAAGCUUGUAGAAACACUGCCAUGGAGAUAUUUAGCUCCGGUAGCGUUGACGGUGAUUUGGAGGGUUGGAAGGAGAGGAUAUACUGAAGAAUCCCUCCUCAUAAUCCGCUCCCUCGGCCUGCAAACCUCCACCUCUUCGUCCACAUACCUGACCACCUCGUCCACGCGCUUCAUUCCGACAACCAGCAUCCAGGAUAUCUUCAUCCAUGAAGCAUUCAAGGGGUUUGAAGUCCGAUUCUAUCUCUCGAUUGUGGUAAAGGGGGAGGGAGAUGUCGUUGUGGUGUUUCCGAGUUUGUUGCCGCGGAGGGAGAUCCUGGAGGAGGUUUGGAGGGGUGCUAGGGCAGGGUUGUGGGAGGUUGGUGGGAGUGGUGGAGCAAGGGGGAAGACAUGAGAGUAUGGGGCAGUGGCAUGGAGUACAGUGGGUUGGAGGUU